UGUGAACUUGAAUUUGCUAUCCAUCAGUUGUGGUGAAAUAAAGCCUCGCAUAUAUAUUGCAAACUUUGCAGCUUCCGCUAAACACACACAAUGGGCAGUAAUUCGUCGAAGGGAGUCGAAGUCGUUGCGACCGCAGCAGCACCAGCGUCCAAGGCCACAGAUGCCGCCGCCGCCGGCGACAAGCCCAAAUGCAAAGCCUGCUGCGCCUGUCCUGAAACCAAACGUGCACGUGACCAAUGUAUUAUGGAGAACGGCGAGGAGAACUGCACAAAGCUGAUUGAGGCGCACAAAAAAUGCAUGCGCGAUUCGGGCUUCAAUAUCUAAAGUAUAAAGCUGGGCACUGUACUUAGAAUAUGCCAGCAAUGGCUAACUAACCCGUAAACUUAAAUUUCUCUUGUUUAUUUUUAUUUUGUUUCUGUUCUCUUUAGCUGUAUCUCAAAUUAAUUAUAGUUAAAUUAAUGGCGAAACAUAAACCAAAACCAAAAUUGUUGAAA